GCGAAUGUUCCUGUUCAUAUUCCCUCUCAACCAGGCGAGGUUCUUCAACCUCAUUCACCUGGAGCAGCUGUCUUGACAAAAUCUGCGCUCGUGGUUGGAAGAGAGUUGGAAAUGAUGAACGUAUUUUUGGGUUAUGAACAGGCAAACAAGUAUAAAAUCAUGGAUCCAGAAGGCAAUCAUGUUGGUUAUAUCGCUGAGGAGGAGGGAUUUGGAAAGUCCCUGUCUCGUCAAUUUCUUAAGACCCACAGACGCAUGAAUGCGACCAUUCUUGAUGCACAAGGACAAGUUGUUUUCAAGAUCGUUCGUCCGAUUUCACUCAUCAACAGCCGGAUAUUUAUCUACACUGCAGAUGAUGAAUUGAUCGGUGAAGUACAACAACGAUGGAACCUGGUCAGAAGAAAAUACGACUUGUUUACAGGUACAAACCAGUUUGCUACUAUUGAUACACCUUUUCUCGGAUGGGACUUUACUCUUCAAGAUCAGAACGGUGGCACCCUUGGAAAUGUCAGCCGAAACUUUGUUGGUUUUGCUAGAGAGAUUUUUACAGAUUCUGGACAGUAUGUAUUGCGUAUGGAUGCAAUGGAAGACAGUUCAAGAGGCAUGACAUUGGAUGAACGCGCGGUAACUCUUGCAUGUGCCAUCUCAAUCGAUUUCGACUACUUUUCACGCCAUUCAUCACAUGGUUCUGGUGGGUUCUUGCCUUUCCCAAUCUUCGGAAUGGGUGGGGGCGAACACAGAGAAGCCGAACAAGAACAUCAACCAGGAGUAGAUAUUGGACCGGCUGGUGCUGCAGGGAUUGGCUCCGGUGCAGCAGGGAUUGGCUCUGGCGCAGCAGGAAUGGGUUCUGAUGUCAGUGGAAGCCAACAACAGGACAAUUCGCCAUUUUCGGAUCCUUAUUCUCAACAGGGAUCUGAGGGUACCACAAAUGAAUAUGGAGAUGUCUGGUUGAGUGAUAAAGAGGCAGGUGUAGACUCUCCAGAGGAUGGGGCAAGUGGGAUUCUUGACAGCCUUUCUGACUUCUUUGGGAGCGAUUAA